AUGUAGAAAAGAAAUGAAGGAAGUGGGGAACUUCAGCAAAAAGAUGACUUUGGAUUCCCCUUGAGGUGAUAUUUCUCUUCAAUAUCGUUAUUCUCAGUGUUUGAAGUCAGAAGACAACACUAAAAUGUGGUGGUUUCAGCAAGGCCUCUCUUUCUUGCCUGUUGCUUUGGUUGUGUGGUCAGCUGCAUCUUUCAUAUUUUCUUACAUUACUGCAAUUACCCUACACCAUGUCGACCCUUUGGUCCCCUACAUCAGUGAUACAGGGACAAUACCUCCUGAAAGAUGCUUAUUUGGGAUUAUGCUAAAUAUUUCGGCUUUCCUGGGUAUGGCUACUAUGUAUGUCCGUUACAAACAAGUUCACGCUCUGAAUCCAGAAAAAUCCAAGAUCACCAAACUUAAUAAAAUUGGCCUUACACUAGGACUGAUGAGCUGUUUUGGACUUUGCAUUAUUGCAAAUUUCCAGAAAUGUAUUCUAUACUACCUACACGUGAUUGGAGCCUGCCUGACUUUUGGAGUAGGGGUGAUUUACAUGCUGGUUCAGACCAUCCUGUCCUACCUGAUGCAGCCAGAACUUCACAGCAAAGACAUCUUUUGGAUCCGACUGACAGUGCUGAUCUGGUGCAGUUCAAGCAUUGCAAGCAUGUUUGUUUCCUCCGUUGUUUUAUAUAGUGGCCUGUACGGAACUAAUUUAGUGCAGAAGUUGCACUGGGAUCCACAGGAGAAAGGCUACACAGCUCACCUCAUCAGUACUGUCUCGGAGUGGUCCUUAGCAUUCUCCUUUCUCAGUUUCUUCCUCACCUACAUCCGUGACUUUCAGAAAAUCUCCUUGCGUGCGAUCGUCAGCCUUCACGGACAAACCCUGUAUAACACGCCGCAGAGCUUUCUGACUGAUGAACAGACACUGCUGGUAGCAGGGAGUAUCUAAUGAAGUUGAAGAGAACAUGUUCUCAACAUAACUCAGGAAUUUAGUAGCAAUAAGAGUUACAUUUCUAAGCAUUUAUUUUGCAUAAAAAACAUGAAGUGAUUAUACUCAACUUGACAUAAAAUGGCUUUGCUAUUAACCCACUAGCCAGUCAGCAAUGCAAAUGU